GAUAGAGACGAUAGUGCCUAUAUUUGGGAACUCCCGGUCGGACAUGCCGAGCGUGAAACCUUAACUGUAUCGAAAACCUGUCGUUCACAAAAAGGGAGCUCUACGAAUUCAACAAAAUACCUUUUUAUGUUGUGA